UUUACUUUCAUUUUCACUUAAAAAGGCGCCCCGAGCACUUCUACAGUGCUUGAUGAUUACUUUCAUGGCAACAUUUCCAUGGUCAUAUUCGUUGUGCUGAAACAUAGACAUUUUAUUUGAUAACAAUUUAUUUUGAUGAAUCAUUUUGUGUUAGCGUGUUAUAGGUCUACUUGUGGUCUACACGUACAACUACAACUUUUAGAUUUUUUGUUCGGAGCCUAUUUUUUUCAUAUGUAUUUUGAAGAUGGUGGAGCUGGUCAAGAAAAUGCGUUUGAGAGAGUGGCUGAUAGCGCAGAUAGACAGCGGAAAGUAUACAGGACUUACCUGGGAGAACGAAGACAAAACUAUGUUCAGGAUCCCAUGGAAACACGCGGCAAAACAGGACUAUAGUCUGAACGAAGAUGCAGCACUAUUCAAGGCGUGGGCAGUGUAUAAGGGGAAGUAUCGGGAGGGGAGGGACAAGGCAGAUCCCACCACCUGGAAGACUCGUCUCCGCUGUGCCUUCAACAAGAGCACAGACUUCAAAGAAGUCCCAGAGCGCAGCCAGUUAGAUGUAUCCGAGCCCUACAAGGUCUACCACAUCCAGGCAGAGCCAGAGACAGGCAGAGACUCAGAAUCUCCUCAGCCUGAGAGUCAGAUGAUCAUCCAGACCAGCCGCUCCAGUGUUCCACUGAGGAACAUUGUCACACACCAUCCACAGUUUGGCUGCAAUAGUGAAUCAGAGGCCAGGGAUGGAAGAGUCAACUCCAGAGAGGGCUUGGCAGGGGACCAUAUGUACUACUGGUCCAACACAGGGAAUCCUCAGAGGGAUGGCUCUGCUCCUCUCUCCAUAGUCGUCCCUACACCACAGAUCUCUGACUUGCGUGUGCGGGUGUGUCUGUUCUAUCAGGGCCAGCUAGUAGUGGAUGUGACCACCAGCACCCCAGACGGCUGUUUCCUCCUGCAGGGUCAAGUGCCCCUGGGGAAUGAGAGGAUCUAUGGACCCUGCACAGCCCAACAGGUCCCCUUCCCCCCUCCAGGGGUCAUCCAUCUUCCCCCGGGCAUCGCUGAGGCCAUGGGCCGCCUGCUGCCCCACCUGGAGAGGGGCGUCCUGGUGUGGGUUGCUCCAGACGGGGUGUUUAUCAAGAGGUUCUGCCAGGGCAGGGUGUACUGGAGUGGCCCCCUGGCCCAACACACAGACAGGCCCAACAAACUGGACAGGGAGAGGACCUGCAAGCUGCUGGACACAGCUAUAUUUCUGAAGGAGCUCCAGGACUAUAUCCAGGGGGCGGGACCCAAACCUCGCUAUGAGAUUGACCUCUGCUUUGGUGAGGAGUUUCCUGACGCCAGCCAACUGAAAACCAGGAAACUGAUCAUUGCACAGGUGGUGCCCCUGUUUGCUGUCAACCUACUGCAUAGGUGCCUGAGGAUGGGGACAGAGGGGAGACCGCACCUUCACACACACAAGACCAUGGGGGAAGAGGGAGAGGGUCAGCCACACCCCCUGCCCCAGCGGUAAGGAGCCCAGGACACCCCUCUGAGUAACCCCUGGGGAACAUCACCAGUCCCCCCUGGUGGCCCCUCCUGUCCCAGCUUAGCCAGCCAUGAUGGGGGGUGAGUGGAGACUCAAGACACGGUCAGUGUAGGUUUACUGUAUGCCCUGUGGAAAGCAACAUAUACCUCAACCUUAAGAGAGCAGAGAACAAUAUGAUACGACACAGGUAGGAGCAAGUAUGCUUGGAACAGAUAUAUCUCACAUAGUUUUCUUAAAUCGAUAAUCUGCAGUUGCUACAUCUAUUAAAAAAAUCUAGAAAAAAGUAGGAUAUGUACCAAAUGAUUAUUGAAGAAUAUAACUUAUAAAUGUCUCAUGGGGUUAGUUCAACAAAAUAUAAGCUUGUUUAAC